AUGAAAAUUGAGCAUAAGAUAGCAUGUUUUUUCGUUGUGUUUGGAACUGUGUAUUUCUUGGAGUCUAUUGGAGGAUUCUACAUGACGAGUGCUGUCGUGUUCAUAGAGAAACAAUUCCAAAUACCAUCGCGACUUAGUGGAACUAUGGUCUCUGCUGGAGAUUUUGCCUAUAUUCCAAUAGUGGUUUUUACCAGUUACUUCGGCGGAAAGGGAAAUCGAGCACGAUGGAUUGGAGGGGGAUGUAUGCUGAUAGCGGUAGCGAACUUACUGAUAAGUUCGUCGAAUUUCUUAUUCCCAGUUGAAGAAUUUCAUGUAAAUAGCAGCUACAUUCCGAGCUCCUUGGCUUAUGAAGUUAACAGAUUUGUGCUCAAUGUCUCGACCGAUCCCAACUGGUUCUCGAGGACGUUGAAACGGGUCGAUCCGAAUGGAACUGCUCUCAGCACUUAUACCGGCCCAUAUCACACUGCAAACCAAGAAUUUGUUAAGUAUCAGUCAUUCUGCUUCUAUAAUCCCAACUCGACAAUAUGUAGAGAAGUAGAGAAACGGGUCUCAAAGGAACAUGCAGUCAACGAAAAUGACGUUUCGGCAGUGCGAGUACUGACUUCGUUGCCGUAUUCUUUCUGCCAUCAUCUUAUCAAUAAACUCAGGCAAGAACACAAAGCAGACGAAUGCAAAAAAGAUAAUUCAAGUCUUGGACCGUUCAUGAUGAUUUUCGGAGGUCUGAUGUUACUGGGCGUCGGAAGGACAAUGCCUUUUUCGCUGGGUCUGCCGCUCAUGGAUGACAACGUAAAGAAGAACAAUCUCCCUCUGUACUUCGCCUGCAUGUUUUUUGUGAAAAUCCUUGGACCAGUCAUUGGCUUAUUGGUCGGCAGUAAGCUCAACGAAAUCUACUACACAUUUGAUCCUCCACAAGGGCUAACUCCAUUGGAUCCCAUGUGGAUAGGUUGUUGGUGGCUUGGGUUCCUAAUCUUCGGUGCUCUGUUGUUUUUCCCUUCCUUGGUGCUGUUUCUCUUCCCAUCUGACAAUCUUGAUGAGGAUGCACACACGGACGAAAUCUCCCUUGAAAAGGCUAAACUUAAUGGAAAAGUAUCUCAGAAACCCAGAAAGAUGUUGAAUCUUCGCGAUAAACACGUGAAAGUGGAUGAGGAACAUGUAACUGUGAAAGAAAAAAUUACUGAGUUUUUUGCAACUGUCCGUAAGCUGUUUCGGAACCCCAUAUAUGUGGGGGCGAUGCUGGGAAGGAUCGUUGACGUAUUAGCCUUCAAAGGGUUCUUUGUAUUUCUCGGAAAAUAUCUCGAGAUCCAGUUUGGAGUACCACAAUAUAGGAUCCAGAAGUAUCUAGCUGGGACCGGUGUAGUAGGAUUCGCAUGUGGUGUUAUUAUAGGCAGUGUGUGCAUGAGAAAGUUCCACUUGCAGGGAAGGAAAGCAGCUAGUUGGGUAGCAUGUUGUUCCCUUGUAGCCGCACUUCUUUCUUUCCUUAACGGAGCUGUGGGAUGUAAGUCAGUCAUCGGAGAGAUUGGAGACCAGGCGGUAGCUAGUAAUUUUUCAUUCCCUUCAUGUCGGGCAGAUUGCGUAUGCGAUGGGAUGCCGUUCUAUCCCGUAUGCAAUACUAAAGGAAACGUUUUCUAUUCGCCUUGUCAAGCUGGAUGCCCUUUGAGUGGAGCAAACUUCAGUAUUUUCACUAAGAUGGCUAAGGGCGCGCCACUCGUGUUCACACAGUGUGAAUGCUCUGGAACGGAAGAUUUAACCGUUAGCAGAGAUUAUUGUCCUACAGAGCAUUGUAAUGGCCAGUUCAACACGUUCUUCUUCAACCAAGCCUUGGGUGCUAUCUUUGGUGGCCUCGGUGUCGUACCAGGAAUGUUGAUUGUACUCAGAUCUGUCCCACCGGAGCACCGAAGUAUCUCAUUAGGAUUUAAUGGAUUCCUUGUCAGCUUAUUCGCCACUCUACCGUCUCCAGUGUUCUGGGGGAAGAUUUUCGACAUGAGCUGUUUGAUGUGGCAGAAUGUGUGCAGCAAAACGGGAGCUUGUCCCAUUUACGACACCGACCAACUUCGAAUACGACUACACGUCAUCUACGGUGGCCUCCGUUUAUUCUCACUACUUUCUGAUAUUUGGGUAAUAUAUUGGGCGAAGGGACUUAGCCUUGUUGAUGAAGAGGAGGAUCAAAAGAAGAAGGAAGAAGGAACCGUUAAAGAGCUCGAGCCGUUGAACAAGGCAAAUCCACUGGAACCUAAAUCUGUACAUUUUGAUGAUCCGUUAAAACAAGAGUCUGAACUAGCAGAUUAA